AAUAGGGAUACAUAUACUUCUCCACCUCCUCCUCCUCCAGGCGUCGUCUUCUCCCAUUGCAUUAUGAUGUCUAAACAUCAGUGAUUUUAUAUUCCUGACAUCUAAAAUAUAUUCUUGGUAACAGAUUAACACCGCUAUCUAGGUAAAGCAACUAGUACAUGGAAAGAGUGAUGCUUUGUUCAUAUUUUGUCCACAGGUUCGCUUUAAGAAACAGCACUCCCUUCAGAAUAGAAGACUUUAUCUGUCUCCUAUUUGAUGGGGUUCAGAGCUCAGAUGGCUGACUAAAUAAACAUGGGGGAUUGGAAUCUCCUUGGAGAUACUCUGGAGGAAGUUCAUAUCCACUCCACCAUGAUUGGAAAGAUCUGGCUCACCAUCCUGUUCAUAUUUCGAAUGCUUGUUCUGGGUGUAGCAGCUGAAGAUGUCUGGAAUGAUGAGCAGUCUGGCUUCAUUUGCAAUACUGAACAACCUGGCUGCAGAAACGUAUGCUACGACCAGGCCUUUCCCAUCUCCCUCAUUAGAUACUGGGUUCUGCAGGUGAUAUUUGUGUCUUCACCAUCUCUGGUCUACAUGGGCCAUGCUUUGUACAGACUGAGAGUUCUAGAGGAAGAAAGGCAGAGGAUGAAAGCUCAAUUAAGAGGAGAAUUGGAGGGAGUAGAAUUUGAAAUGCCCGGGGAUCGGAGGAGACUGGAGCAAGAGCUUUGUCAGCUAGAGAAAAGGAAACUAAAUAAAGCUCCGCUCAGAGGAACCUUGCUUUGCACUUAUGUGACACACAUUUUCACUCGAUCUGUGGUUGAAGUUGGGUUCAUGAUUGGACAGUAUCUUUUAUAUGGAUUUCACUUAGAGCCUUUAUUUAAAUGUCAUGGCCACCCGUGUCCAAACAUAAUAGAUUGUUUUGUUUCAAGACCAACAGAGAAGACAAUAUUCCUAUUAUUUAUGCAAUCUAUAGCCACUAUUUCACUUUUUUUGAACAUUUUAGAAAUUUUCCACCUAGGUUUUAAAAAGAUUAAAAGAGGGCUUUGGGGAAAAUAUAAAUUGAAGGAUGAUCAUAAAUUCUAUGCAAACAAGUCAGAACAAAAUCUAGCCAAAUAUCAGAACACAUCUGCAAAUUCACUGAAGCAACUUCCUUCUGCACCCAAUUAUAAUCUUUUAGUGGAAAAGCAAACACACACAGCAGAGUACCCUAGUUUAAAUUCACCUUCUGCAUGUCAGGCAAAUCCUGACAAUCACAAUGCAAAUGAGAAAUACAGUUUGGAUGAACAGGAAACUGAACUUUCUAAUGGGAUUUGCACACUUAGCACUACCUAUAGUCAUCUUCAACCCAUUGGCUCAAAUAAUAAUAAAAAUACUCAUAAAAUUUUUGCAAAAGAAGUUAAUGGUAGCCAGGUAAGGGAAAAAAGAGAAAUUGAUGGCAAAGACAGUAAAAGGAACUCUAGAGGUCACUGUUCUAUUCCAGGUGUUGCUAUAGAUUUGGACGGCCACAUAGGUCAAUCGCCCCAAACAGCUUUCUCAAUGUCAGCUAGCAGCACUUGGAAACGAAGGUGGCUUAGUACUGCCUGGGGUCCCUCUACAGAAGAUGAAAACCGGGAGUCAUCUUCUAAAGGUAACCUAAAGGGCCAGUUUGGAGAGGGCACAAUUGGAACCCUUCCUCCUUCACAAGGAGACUUCUGUCAAUCACUUGACAUUCAAAACACUCCUGAUUCUUUGGGAGUGUUGCCCUUUGAGCCUGAGUUUGUCAGAGCCUGCAAUAAUCCUACUGUUUGUUCUUCAAAUCAUAUAGCAUCCCUGAUGAACAAUUUCAAUGGUAGGCGGGUUCCCACAGAUCUUCAGAUCUGAACAGCUGUUGGCUUUUAAAUAUUUUGUGUAUUAUUAUAUAUUAUCAAGAAGUGGCCUAGAGGUGGUGGAACACAGACAAAAUGGGUAAGGGUAGCUCUAAAAACCAGCUGCUAGGAGGGACAACUGUAACAUCAUUCCAGAAAGGGAAGAACAGCUCUAAUUUUGGAUUGUGAAGGAAUAGCUUGAAAUUCAAAGGCAGAUUUUACGACUCUCUUCAGAAUGUGCAAAACUGAUCUUCAGAAAAUCACAUGUUCAGAAUCUAGUCUAAAUGGUUUGACCAGGUUUUUUUCUCUGAAGGGACCACAGCCUUAGGAAAUUGUUCUUCAUCUAUAUAAUCCUCCUUUACUAAUACUUUACCUUUGGACACUGGGUUAAUUUUGUUUGCCUGCGGAAUUUAAUAACUUAGUUUCCUUCUAUACUGUAACCUAAUGUAUCUUCAGUAUAACCAUAUGUUGUUACCUAGUAAAUAAAAUCUUAAAAAGAUCUGUGGCUUUCCUUCACCAAUUAGAAUGACCACCAUGAUUCACUGCCAGUUUGGAGUCUGCUCCUCCCUGGUCAUCUAACCUCACCACUUUACGGACAGUACCGAUCCUACAAGGAUGCUGUGAAGGUUAAAAUGAAAAGUAUCUGUAUUGGUAUACAAUACAGUAAGCGCUUCAAAAUGCUAGCUCCUGGCUAGCAUAUUACUCCUCACCCUUUAGAGGCCCUCAUCCAAUCAGCCACAAAUCAAGGAAACACCAAAAGUAAAGAAGCUGAAGCCCAAACGUGCGAUUCUCAAUUCUCCUCUAAGUUGUCAGGAAGUCGUGCGCGUUUUCAGAAUGAGAGCGAAGAAGCCCAGCACUUAGGAGUGGCCACAGCUUCCGAGGUCUCAGUUGAGAAAGACGCACCCAGUGCCACCGUCCGGCAAUCCUCUCUCCCGCAGCAGUCCCAGUGCUCCGGAGCCCCGC